GGCCGUCGAGGUCGGUGGCGCUGCUGAUAAUAGGUAUGCCGGCGCCUCGAGGUAAGUAAAUUUAUAUCAGAAUGGAAGUUGUUGAUUAAAUCACCGCAUUCGCCCUAAGUAGCAUAAUAGGUAUGUAUAAUUAUCGCUAUGCCCAUAAUAGGUUGCACCCGAACCGAAUCGGCAGAGAACUCGACAAAGCGACAAAGAAACUCAAUGGAGAAAAUUUGUGUUUGUAACCGAAAACUUACAAAUUAGAUUGAUGGCGGUGGGAAAUAGUGUGGGCAGGCCGGAAAAAAAAAUCCAACAUCGUACAAAAUGCAAUACAGCCGUCGAUCAGUGGAUAUCGCGUCGCGGAGACCGUAGGUACGCGGCUGCAUAAAAUUAUAAAUUAUUAUAUAGCUGUUGUGUGUGUGUGUGUUUUUUUUUCCCAUUAUAUUAUCAUUAUUAUUCCAUAUACCCAACGCGUGUGUGUGUUCCACUCAGACAUGUACCAUGAUUGUGUUGGCAAGUCAACCGGGUGUCGGUCUUAGGUGCUUCUGCUGCUGUUAUCUUAUGCCACCGCCGCCGCCACCGCCGGACUAACGGGGAGGAGCAUUUUUUUUUUUUUUGCCAAAGCCCACCAGCAUUUCCACAACAUGGUACUGUUCCGGAGCCGGAACUCGAUCCGCAACGAAGACGUCAUACCGGAUAUUUCGGCGCCCAGACUCCUUAGGAUGACGGCCAUAAGAAAUAGCAUGCGGGUGGAACAGUUCCGGAUAGGAGACAAAUACCGUGCCGGCCUGUUCGACGAGCAAAACGACGUGGGCCUUUGGAACAAGAACAUGGGCCAAAAGUGGCGCAACAUCCGCCGGCGGUGUUCGUCGUUCAACGCGGGCGGCAAAGGCGACGUCAUCAAGAGCGACGACGACGACGGCGGCGGCGGCGGCCGCUGCGGACACCGAGACCGCGGACUCCUGAUACCGCGUCACGACGACCCGCCGCCGCAGCCGCAGCCGCCGUCCGUCACCAUCCAAGAGAUGUUCCGUUCCCGGUUGAACCGCAUGCGGAAACGGCGUCCGCCCGGUACGCCGACGGAUUCGUCCACGUUUUACGUGCCGUCUCCGCGGUUGCCGUCCGCCCAACGAGAAGACGCCGCCGACACCGACGACGACGACGGCGACGACGACCGCAACGGCCCGUGCUCGCUGCCGGCCGCGUUCGACAACCUCAGCGUCCACCUGGCGUCCCGGUGCCGCAUCGUCGAGACGCCGUCGUCGUGUUCGUCGGGCCGCGGGACGGACGACAGUGCCGGCAGCGACCGGUCGUCCGUGUCGUUCUGCAACGACGUGUUCAACAACAUCGCCGUCGCCAACAACAUCAACAACAACAACAACAACAACACACAACAACCCUCCACACGGAUUCGACCCCGAAGCCCGUCCUACCCGGCCGUUAACCUCAGACACCGCGCCGACAGGCUGUCGUUGAACAACGUUCGCGGCGGUUACGCGAGCGGCGGCGGCGGCGACGACGACGAAACGGACGACGGGUACAACGACGAGGACGACGACGAGUACGUCAACUGUAGCCUUUUGUUGCAGAACAAACCCAAGAUGCGGUCGUGCCGCCGGUGGUCGCUGGCCGAUUCGCUGGCCCUGGACUCGCCGUCCGUCUGCGGCGUACCGUCGUCCACUCCCGUCGUCCGCAACGGCCCCGGCGGUUCGUUCCGCAUCGGCGGCCCGGUGUCCGCCGCCGUGCCGCAUCCUCCGGCCGUGCCGCACGAUUUCGCGCGUUACGGCCCGACGUCGCUGACGUUCACCCCGGUCGCGGCCGACCCGCCGGACGCCAAACAGCGGACGCCGCCCUACCGGACCGCCGUCGCCGACGACCUGCCCGCCAUACCGGAAUCGUCACAAUGGACCCGGACGCCGCCGACCGCCGCCGUCGCCGCAGCCCUGGACAGAAACGGUCCGAACAGGGUCAGCCGAAACGGUUAUCGGACCAUCGACAAAAAGGUCACGGGCGGCCCAAACAGCGCCAACGGUCACCGACGCGACGACCAGGAAAACAACAACGACAACAGUUGUUUCUACACGUUGCCCCGGGGUGGCGGCAAGGACGCUUGUUUCACAAUCAUGACGGUCAAGUUCCACAAAGGUCCGGGGCACAAAUGCCUGGGUUUCAGCAUCGUGGGAGGUACGGACUCGCCCAAAGGAACCAUGGGCAUCUACGUGAAGACGAUAUUUCCCAACGGACAGGCCGCCGACUUGCAGUCGUUAAAAGAAGGCGAUGAAAUCUUAGCGGUAAACGAUAAACCUUUGCACGGGCUAAGUCACCGAGAAGCGAUCGCCGUGUUCAAAGAGAUCAAACUGGGCGAAGUGGCGUUGCACAUAGGCAGAAGGGUGCCCAAGAAAAUUCGCGAAACGUGCAAAGCCAUUAGCAGUCCUUGAACGAAGAAUAUCAACUACGAUUCUCAUUCAACGGACAAUGUUAUACUGUGUUACGCGUAGUACCUACUUUUUUGAUUUUAAGUAUUUUGUUUAUUUUUUUUUUUUAACAUAUUUUAUUGUUACCAAAGUGUAAUAUUGUAAAGUUUAUAAUAAUAACUAUAUUAUAUUAUAUUAUUAUGAAUAAUGAAUUUUAUACAUAACCGAAAAGCGUUUUGUAAUGUGUUUAUAUAAGUGAAAUAAAGACGUUUA